UCUCCCCCACUGCCGCACCCGCUUUAUCCUCACAAGCUCCCCGCGCCCUCUGCGCACAAUCCGUAGCCACCCCCAUUCGUUUGCUGUCGAUGCAGCUCCCGACUUGUACUGGUAUCCGUAUCCGCUCUCUCUCGGACGCACAUGUCAUUUUUCACGCUGUAACCCUGGGGCUCCUCCCGAUCGUCUCCAGACGCCUGGACAUCGACGAACGACGUUACAUUCAUUCUGGCUGCGUAUGUGUAUGGGAAGAACGCAGCGCGUGUGGAGAGGGUACUUCGUCUGUAGGCAUAGAGCGAUGGACGGACGGCAGACGGUGGGGCCCUUCCAGAGUUCGCGAUGAGUUCCUGUAUUACCAGGAGAAGCUUCCAGAGUUUGAGGCAGACGAGGAACUGUCUUCCCUUAUAUUCGGGAGCAGACUCAUUAAGCAGACUUACUCAGUCUACGUGGAUACGCCGUCUGGCCGGAGAAAGUGGCAUCUUGUCGCGUAUUUUACGGGCGAGACGCUUGAGCGCUUGCUCACCGUCGAUGAAAUCCCCGAGCUCUCUGCAAUCAGGGACUUAGUCCCUCCGAGGAAGUACACGACGGCGCGUAUGGCGCGCCAGCGUGCGCGCCCAGAGUCGUCAGGUCCGCCUCUCUUCGGACAGGAGCUCAAGCCUCUCCCCCUUUCCUCAUCCUCGUCCUCCCUGUCGUCCCUCGCCUCCACCACCUCGUCGCGCAAUCGCAUACCGCUGUAUACGAUCGACCGGGGCGACAUGCUCUCACCUCCAAGCUCGACACCAUCUCCACAGCAGACGGAUCUGCACCUGCCAGCGCUCAAGCCCCCGCCGUGGAGCCCCCCACGAUGGUUCGAGGACGAGCUCGCGACACGCCAGCCGGACCUGAAGUGCGCCCAGAGCCAGAGGCUGAGGAGGAACCACACAAUCGACCUUGCCCCGUUGAUAUACCUCCGGAAGCACCCCUACCCGCCCCGGGACGUCGCCGACGACGACAUUCUGCAGAAGUUCGACUGCGAGAUUGUCUAGAUUAGACGGACGGGCGGGGCCUGUAUACUUACGGCCUGACGCACGCCACGGGCGGUCGGCGCUUGCGAGCGAGAGGGAAGAUGGAAGGCAGGCGCGGAGCACCAGGAACGACUGUGCGCUGAUGUGUCCUCUGUGGGGCAACGUCCGCUGCAUGCACCGGUCAGCGUUUGUCUUGUGUCAUCAAUCUUGCUUGAUUGUCCACUGCUUGAACAGUUCCCAACCGUCGUCUCGCGCCUCUCUCGCCUUCCUGCAUCGCUCUCGUUCGCAUCCAAUAUCCACAUCUCUUUGACGCAGCAUCGCAAUCAGAGUCUACGCAAUCUAGGUCCUUAGUCAUAGCUAGGGUCAGGUCACAACAUCCGGAUUUCAAGGUCUGCAAGUUGUCAAGCUCAGGCUCAAAGCUUGGGUUUUCCGACCUGAGCUCUGGGCCAUCGAUGCAGCACAGCGCUACAUAGCGGCAGGCGUUGCGCUCGCCUACCUCAGAUCGCACAGCGAAACCCCAUUACCCCAUCCCAGUUUUGGCCACCUAUCGCAUAUAACUCGCAUCCUCGUCUUGCCCCUCGGAACCAACUCCGGACACAGAGGGUGGGGCUGUGAUUGCGUUUCGUCCCGUCAGGGCUGCUGAUCCACACGUUGCGUCUCUUUGCAUUCUGUCAGAUCCCAUCCAUUCUCCAUUCCCGUCUUAUCCCGACGAUGCCCUCACUCAUGUCGGCGUCAGUGCGUCCCCAUGGCCCCCCUCCUUUCAUCUCGUACCCAUCUAUUCUCGAUU